GUGAAAUCUUCUGUCCUCUGGAGCAGAAACGUAGAGGAGACGUAUCUGAUGGUCAACCCUCAGCACUGUCAGCGGGCGGCCGAAAUGGAUAAACCAGCGCCGCAGGCGUUCGUAUACCGUAUCAGCACGGCGGAUGAGUGGGCGCAGCUUCAGCGCACCGGCGGCACCCUUGGCGGUGACCUCGACCGCUCCACCGGCUGUAUCCACCUCAGCGACCUCAGUCAGGUGAGGAAAACGCUUAAGAACUUUUUCCUAGGAAGGAAUGAUCUAUACCUACUACAAGUUGACACUUCCAAGCUUUCAGAUGGCUUAGUUUAUGAGGCAGCUGAUGAUUCAAACUAUUUUCCUCAUUUCUAUGGCCCUGGUCGGAGUUUUGCACCUCUUCAACUAGACGCUGUUAUCAAGGAGGCAGAGAAAAUAGUUCUGGUAAACAAUGAUUUCACCUGCAGUCUACUUGAUGGAGCAGACCCCUUAUCGUGAUGUGUAAGGGUGACCUUUCCCUUGAUCUUUAUAAUGUUUUGAAAAAUUCGCUACAGGACGCUCAAAAGUUUGCAGUUAUUUGUAAAAAAAGCUGCAAAAAUGCAAAAAUAUUACUGCUCCAUAUCUAACAUCUCCAGGAAGUUGAACCUGGUAUAUUCCAAGGAUCAUAGUAAGGGCAGACAUAUUGUAUGCAUCAUAUUUAUAAACAUCAUUGCAUAUUCUUCAGUAGCCUUAACUGUAUGCCAAGAGACAAUCUUAUUUUUUGAUCACCCCACCAAAUUAAUGUGAAGAAUGAUAGCUGUAUAAUCUCUAAUUCCUGUUAAAAAGGGUGCAAACUUGAAGUA